CGCCCAGUUCCACCCGAGCCCCGCAGGUGCUGCACAGCGGCCGCGGGGGUGGGCCCCAGUUACCUAGCAACCGGGCGGCAUCCUUCCCAGCAAGCACUGCUUCACCCCGCGGCGCCGGGACUACAAGGCCCGGCGUGCUCCGCGCGGACUACAAGGCCCACAACGCACCGCCCACCCCUUCCUCGCUGGCCCCCACCCUGUUCUCCUGAGACCCCGCCGGGCGAGCGCACGACCCCUUCCCGGCGCUCCCCGCGCCGUGCGCGGCGUGUCCUUGCGCCGGUGACCUGGUGUGCGUGGGGUCAAGGCGCCGGGCGGAGCGGCUCCGGCCAAAGCACCAUGCGGAGGGGUGAGCGUAAGGCCGCCGAGGGGCCGCGGCCGGGGUCCCCGGUGCCCGCGGGCAAGGCCUCGCUGGAGGAGCCGCCCGACGGCCGAGCGGCGGGGCCCGGCGCGGGCCGCCGCAGCACCGAGUCCGAGGUCUACGACGACGGCACCAACACCUUCUUCUGGCGAGCCCACACCUUGACUGUGCUGUUCAUCCUUACCUGUUCGCUUGGCUACGUGACUCUCCUGGAAGAAACACCUCAAGACACAGCCUACAACACCAAGAGAGGUAUUGUGGCCAGUAUUUUGGUUUUCUUAUGUUUUGGAGUCACACAAGCUAAAGACGGGCCAUUUUCCAGACCUCAUCCAGCUUACUGGAGGUUUUGGCUCUGCGUUAGUGUGGUCUACGAACUGUUUCUCAUCUUUAUACUCUUCCAGACUGUGCAGGACGGCCGGCAGUUUCUGAAAUACAUCGACCCCAGCCUGGGGGUCCCGCUGCCAGAGAGGGACUACGGGGGAAACUGCCUCAUCUACGACACAGACAACGAGACCGACCCCUUCCACAACGUCUGGGACAAGCUGGACGGCUUUGUUCCCGCACACUUUCUCGGCUGGUACCUGAAGACGCUGAUGAUCCGGGACUGGUGGAUGUGCAUGAUAGUGAGUGUGAUGUUCGAGUUCCUGGAGUACAGCCUCGAGCACCAGCUGCCCAACUUCAGCGAGUGCUGGUGGGAUCACUGGAUCAUGGACGUGCUCGUCUGCAAUGGGCUGGGCAUCUACUGCGGCAUGAAGACCCUCGAGUGGCUGUCUCUGAAGACCUACAAGUGGCAGGGCCUCUGGAACAUUCCAACCUACAAGGGCAAGAUGAAGAGGAUCGCCUUCCAGUUCACGCCCUACAGCUGGGUCCGCUUCGAGUGGAAGCCCGCCUCCAGCCUGCGCCGCUGGCUGGCCGUGUGCGGCAUCAUCCUGGUGUUUUUGCUGGCAGAACUGAACACGUUCUACUUGAAGUUUGUGCUGUGGAUGCCACCCGAGCACUACCUGGUCCUCCUGCGGCUGGUCUUCUUCGUGAACGUGGGCGGCGUGGCCAUGCGCGAGAUCUAUGACUUCAUGGAUGACCCGAAGCCCCACAGGAAGCUGGGCCCACAGGCCUGGCUGGUGGCAGCCAUCACGGUCACGGAGCUGCUCAUCGUGGUGAAGUACGACCCCCACACGCUCACCCUGUCCCUGCCCUUCUACAUCUCCCAGUGCUGGACCCUCGGCUCCGUCCUGGUGCUCACCUGGACCAUCUGGCGCUUCUUCCUGCGGGACAUCACCUUGAGGUAUAAGGAGACCCGGCGGCAGAAGCAGCAGAGCAGGGGUGGCCCAGACAGAGCCGUUGGCAACGGGGACCAGCACCCGCUGGGGCUGGACGAAGACCUGCCAGGGCCUGAGGUGGCUGAGGGGACGGGGGAACCAGCUCCAAACUGAUCUGCGCCUCAGCCACCCCGGGAGCCUCCCAGAACCCAGGCCCGCUAGGAACCGCUGCCGGGCCUCGCCCUGAGGUUUUGUUUUCCUUCCUCCUGUGCCCUCCACUCAGCAGGGAUCGAGGAGGGGGUGAAGGGAGCCCCGCCCGGCUUCAUCUACGUGUGUGCAUGUAAGCGUGUGCACACGUGUGUCCUUGGCUCCGGGGCUUGCCCCAGGGCAGCUGGUUCCCCUGGAGUGGGGGUCCCUGCUCCCCUCCUGCCUGCUCAGCCCAGUGGCCUCUGGCUCCAAGUGCCCCGUCACCCAGCCCUGGCACGGCCUGGCCCUGGCACCGCCCGCCCUCUCCACGCCCCUUGCCCCAGCUGCUCUGAGGCAGCACGGUGGGGCCAGACGCCCCUCCUGGCGGCGUGUGUCGGAGGACAGUCAUCCACACUCGGUGGCUGAGAGGCGUCGAUGUGGGUGGCAGCACUGAGCCACUUCCUCGAGUCUUCGUUGGGCAGAUGGACCUGCCGGCGUGUGGAUGGUGUCGGAGGCUACUGGACUGGUUCCUCAGGGGACACUGAGUCAGAAACUCCACGGGCCAGAGGCCAGGAACUGGGUGCUGGGACCCGUGUCCAUGGCUCCCUGAGUUUAGGGUCAUCCCCACGAGCAAACAGAAUAAAGUGGCGACGAAGGUCUGCAGCCGCCUCCUCCCUGGGAAACCUCGAAGCAGCGGGGCCCGCAGGUCGGCUCCGCCUCUGCCCAAGGCCCCCUGAACUGCGGUGGGUGCCUGUGCAGGAUGGGACGCCAGGGCCACCUCCCCGCCCGCUGCAUCUGUCCCCGGCUGUGGGAUGGGGCUGGGGACCCGCUGGGCAGUGGCCACAGGGCUCUUGGGAGGGGCAGCCACCUUCUCAAACCUUACCAUGAAAAUUUUCAAACGCACGUGAAGAGGCAAAAGUA